AUGUCCAACAACGUCAGGUACGACACCUGGGACAAGGAGCGGCUCAUCUGCCGCGUGCGGCAGCUCGAGAUGGAGAUCCGCCACCGCGACGCCGCCGCCAAAAAAGCCGUGACACUGACGCACUCGGCCCCCUCGACACCCGGCGGCGACUCGUCCUCGGCGGUGGCAGCGCCGCCGCCUGCGAAGAAGCGCAAGAAGGGAGCCGCCAACAUCGAUCCUUCGCGCUACUCGUACCGCUACGUCGCCCUGCGCCUCGCCUACCUCGGCAAGAACUACAACGGCUUUGAGCACCAGCAGUCGGCCGUGCAGGCGACGAUUGAGUCGGAGCUGUGGUCGGCCCUCACCAAGGCCUGCCUCAUCUUCCCGCCCGGCGAGGACAUUGACCAGAUCGACUUCAACUACAAGGAGCUCGACUACUCCAAGUGCGGACGCACGGACAAGGGCGUCAGCGCCUUUGGCCAGGUCAUCGGCCUCCGCCUCCGCAGCAGCAAGCCCCUGCCCAAGACAGCGGCCCAGCUCGAAGAGGAGGCGCGCAAGAAGGCCGAAGCCCUUCAGGAGAAGCAGAAGCAGCAGCAGCAGGACGGUCAAGGGGACGUCAGCAUGGAGGACGCCGCAGCCGAGCAGCAGCAGCAGCAGCUGCCAUCACCUCCUCCCGCGCCCAAGCCCUGGGACCCCAUCAAAGACGAGCUCCCCUACUGCAAGACGCUCAACCGCCUGCUGCCGCCCGACAUCCGCAUCCUGGCCUGGUGCCCGUCGACGCCCGAGGGCUUCUCGGCGCGCUUCUCCUGCACGGAGCGCCAGUACCGCUACUACUUUACGCAGCCGGCCUUUGCGCCGGCGCCCGAGGGCCUCACGCCGCCCAAGGGCCCCUCGCAGCCGCGCAAGAAGAAGGACGCCGCGCCGCCGCCGCCGCCGCGACCCAAGGUCGGCUAUCUCGACAUUGACGCCAUGCGCGCCGCCGCCAAGAAGUUCGAGGGCCUGCACGAUUUCCGCAACUUCUGCAAGGUCGACGGCGGCAAGCAGCUGACGAACUUUAUGCGCCGCAUGUUCGAGGCCGACAUUGUCGAGGUCGACGACGUCGCGUCGGCGGUGCCGUACCUGUCCGGCGCGGCGUUUGCGCAGCCCGAGACGGCAGCGCAUGGUGGUGGUGAUGGCGGCGGCGGCGGCGGCGUGACGCCCAAGGUGUACUACCUGCACGUGCGCGGGUCGGCGUUCCUGUGGCACCAGAUCCGGCACAUGGUCAGCGUGCUGUUCCUCGUGGGCCAGGGGCUCGAGCGGCCCGAGGUCGUGGACGAGCUGCUCGACGUCGAGCGGCACCCGCGCAAGCCCAACUACGGGCUCGCGCACGAGGUGCCGCUCGUGCUGUGGGACUGCAUCUUCCCGACGGACCGCAGCGUGCCCGAGGGCCAGCAGGCCGACGGCAUGGCGUGGGUGUGGGAGGCGGGCGAGAACAAGUACGGCGCCGGCGGCCUCGUCGACGUCCUGUGGGCCGGGUGGCGCGAGAAGAAGAUGGACGAGCUGCUGGCCAACAGGCUGCUCGACCUCGUGUCGCUGCAGGGGUGCCCCGAGGCGGACCCGGCGCAGAACGUCAAGUGGAACGUGCUGCAAAAGGUCUACGUCGGCGGCAACGAGGGGCGGCUCGCCGGCGAGCACCUGCCCCUGAUGAAGAGGAAGGUGGUGCCGUCGCCGAUGGAGAUCAACGACCGCUGGGCGCAGCGCAUGGGCUACGGCUCGUCCGAGGAGCUGCUGAAGGAAGAGAACUGGCGCGUCUCCUUGGCCAAGGACAGGCGGGCGAGACGGGAGGGCGGAUCGGGGACGGCGACGCCAGCGGUCCAAGAGCCGGAGGCAUGA